GUGAAAUUUGGUGGGACUUCUCAUCUUCCCGCCAUGGAACCCAUGGAAAUCGACUCCGAGAAGACUCUCCAGAGAAAACAGGCUACUUAUACCUCCCUGGACGAUAUCUUUGAGAUUCAGAAAGAGACGUACAGGGGCCAGCAGUACAGCCAGAUUUACUUUGCUCGUCUCCACUUGAUGCGAACCCUCCUCUAUUCGCUCGUUCCAAAUCGGAAACCCCAUUUACCUGUUUGCACAAUUUUGCAAUUGGAAGAAGGCAAGGAAUGCAUCAUUGUUGGAACCCUUUACAAGCACAUGAAACUCAAACCUUGCGUUCUCGAUGAGUACUCCAAGGAGAGAUCUGCGACUCCCCUUGUCAGGCCUCAUAAUUUUAUGCACACAGAUGAUAAUUUGGUUUUAGAAGACGAUAGUGGAAGAGUUAAGCUUGCUGGGAGUGUGCUCUUACCAUCUGCAUAUGUAACAGGCAUUGUUGUUGCUUUGCAUGGGAAGGAAACUGAUGCUGGCGACUUCUUGGUUCAAGAUGUCCUAGAAGCUGGCUUACCACCCCAGAUAGAGCUUCCUCUAAAAUCAAGUGAAGACAAGUAUGUUGUCUUUGUAUCGGGGUUAAGUGUUGGGAGCAGCACUUCUAAUCCUCUCCAAUUUCAGCUUCUUGUUGAUCAUAUAACAGGACAUUUAGGAGAUGAGAAGGAACAAGGCAUUGCGGCAAAAAUAGUUCACUUUGUAGUUGCCGGGGAUUCUAUCGAAAUCCCACGUGGUCUUCUUAAUGGACAGAAUUUGGCUUCAAAGGAUCAAUCAAGGCUGUCUGAGCCUAUUAAAGAGCUAGAUAUAUUGUUGACACAGAUUGCUGCUAGUUUGCCUCUAGAUAUCAUGCCCGGCCCCAAUGAUCCUGCUAACUUUUCGUUGCCUCAGCAGCCGUUGCAUAGAUGUCUUUUUCCUGGGUCUUCGGCUUAUAACACUUUUAGGUCUUGUACUAACCCUCAUUGCUUUGAGCUUGAAAAUAUCAGAUUUCUUGGAACAUCAGGUCAGAAUGUAAAUGAUCUUGAGAAGUACUCAGAGGCGAAGGAUAAAAUUGAAUUCAUGGAAAGAACAUUAAGGUGGAGGCAUUUAGCCCCGACAGCACCUAAUACUCUUGGGUGUUAUCCUUUCACGGACAGGGAUCCUUUCUUCAUUGAGACCUGCCCUCAUGUUUAUUUUGUGGGGAAUCAGAAUGAAUACAAAACUGACUUAAUAAAGGGAUCAGAAGGGCAGUUUGUAAGACUCAUAUGCAUUCCUCAAUUCUGCACUACAGGAGUUGCUGUUGUGCUAAAUUUGAGAAAUCUUGAAUGUCAUACUCUUAGUUUUGGGACUGAAUUCAUCUCUUGAUGACAUGGUUUCUACAAAUUGAACUUUUGAAUGCAACCGUCUUUGUAGAAUCCUCACACAGAGCCAAUGAGUGGACGUCUUAAGUUUGAAGCGAUUUCUUCCACCACCUAAUUUUAUCAGUUAUCCUCUGUAAACUAUUAUCGUUCGUAGAAUUUCUUUACUAUGUGUUUUGUUUCUGUUUCUUUUAAUGUACCGUUGUUAUAACACAGGAUUUUUCGACAAAGAUGCUAUAAAUUAUUUUCAUGAAUUGUCUAAUUUCUUUUCUUUCAUAAA